UUUCCGACUUUUGUCGAAAGUUCGUGAAAGCAUCACGCCAGCCACUACUGUUUGCGGUACAGCCGCAGUCCUCCGCCGUGGAAAAGGGGAGUUGUUGUCAUCUGGCCGGCUGCUGUGUCGACCCUUUUGUCCGGGGGAAAUGGCUGGGAUUAAAGCUCUCAUCACACUGUCCUUUGGAGGGGCCAUUGGUCUCAUGUUCCUCAUGCUGGGAUGUGCCCUGCCUGUGUAUGACAAAUACUGGCCGCUGUUCCUCCUCUUCUUCUACAUCCUCUCGCCCAUCCCGUACUGCAUCUCGCGGCGGGUGGUGGACGACGCCGACUCGGCCAGCAACGCCUGCAAAGAGCUGGCCAUCUUCCUCACGACGGGUAUCGUCAUCUCGGCCUUCGGCCUGCCCGUCGUAUUUGCCAGAGCUGACGUCAUCGCUUGGGGGGCGUGCGCGCUCGUCCUGACGGGAAACAUCGUCAUCUUCGGGACCAUCCUGGGCUUCUUCCUGGUCUUCGGGUCCAAUGACGACUUCAGUUGGCAGCAGUGGUAAAGCAGCAGAGGGUCGGGGGCGGGGAUACUUAAGUCUGUUAAGUUUUUAUUGUUAGCGUUAUUAUUAUUAUAGUUACUUCUUGUUAUUUAUAUGAAUGGCAGCCUGUCUGUAGACCCACUCGAAAACUCGUGCAAUAUUUAGUUGUCUUUUGACCGCCUGCUUCACGUCGAACUGGGACCACGUGCGGACUUCCUCGUCUUACGGGACUUCUUCUCCGACUGGAGUGUUUUUAAAUCCGAAUCUGCUGCUGUGGUAUUUUGAGUUCAAGCCUGUGAAAAUCCUGAAAACAACGCCUGGAGACAUGUCCGACCUUAUAAGGCAACGCCGUGACUCCAGUCCACUAGGUGGCAGUGAAGUACCUCAAUGCUGGUUUGCCAACUGCUGACAAACUUUUAAUAACAAAAAGUAGAGACUGUAAAGUACAAUAUGAUUUCAUUUUGAUAUUUUGCCAACAUUAGUAAUAAUAUGAUGAUACAGCAAAUAUGAGACAAAUAAUACAGUGGUACCAAGGUUUCAGUUUGUUUAAUCUGUUUUUACCAUCAUGUAAAUCUAAGCUUUUCCAGACACACACAAUAUUUAUGAGCUACUUAUUGUAGUUGUACAUGCAUAAAACAAUGUGAAAUACAUAUAAAUGACAGAGAGGUAGCAGAGAGCCCUUCGUAUGUAGUUUUUUCUUAAAUUUAACAGUGUUUCUCGCUUUCUUUAUCAAAGUGACGGCACUCGCAAGUUUCUUUGGCCCCACAAUGGAUUCAUAAAUUCAAUACAAUUUUUAAAAAAAGCACAUACUGAGUCACCCACACGUGGUGUUCUUUGUUUGGGCGUUCUGCGGAAUAAUAUGCAGGCAAAGGGACUAGUUUGUCAGGCGUAAUGUGUGGCCGUACAACAACUGACACCUAGGCACAAUUUUUAUCGUGGGUCGUAUGAAAACCGAGGUACCACUGUAUGUAUUUCCUAAAAACCUAAUGCUUGUGUACUUUUAACAUGUUGAAAUAUUUAAGCAGACUUGUGUGUUUGCAAUUCUCUCUAUCUAUGAUUUUCUUAGCUUAUAAUAGCUGGCAAAGUAAAAAAAAAAAAACACUUUUCCUGAAAGCACAUUAUGAUCAAAACAUUGCGUUUGUAUUUUACAUUUAAACCCACAAAUAGAAAUGACUGAAACAUUACUGCCAGAUCAUCAACAUUGCACAUAAAAGUACUGACAAAUGACAUGAAUUGAAGUGCUUCAAAAUACACUCAUCAAGAAGUACUUUGCCAAGAAAAUGUGUACUUGCUUGAUUAAUAGAAUAUCUUCAAAGUAUCUCAGCAAUCCCUGAAAAUCCCCCCACCCCUCCGACUCAUUUUGUUGUCUGCUUCCAGCAACAAGGCAGCAACAAUUGCAGUCUUCAUAGUGCACUAAAACACAAUUAUUUCUGCUCUUUGUAGUUAGACACAUCGGAGAAGGCAUUGAUUGUACUCACAAGCAUUAAUGACGGCAGCUCUGUGAAAACUACUGACUUUGUUGCAGAAGGCAAUAAACACUCCAUGUUGCUUCCUCGCGGCAAAUCUCAAACUAAAAACUUCAGUCAAACACGUCCAAUGUCGGAAUAUUUGUUGUGUAUCUGUCGGAUGGGCCUCUGCUUGUGUUACUGUUUUAGCAGUUUCUUCCCACACUUGCAUUAUUGUUGUGUUUAUUUAUUAUUUGAUAGGUCACACUACAUGUUCAAUGCUUUUUUUUUUUUGGAAACAGAAUUCAGCAUGGUGGAGUUUCUUUUUUCUAAUAAAUGCAUUUUGGAACA